AUGCCCUCCCCGUCGUCGCAAUCCCCCGAGGGCGGCGCUACCCAAGCCGCUGGUACAAGCAAGCCUCGAUCUUCACACAGAGCUGAGAGUUCCCAGAGAAAGUCAAUUCAGUUCAACGUUGGCGGCACGGAGCCGCUGCCGCAUCGUCGAUCCGUCAGCGCUGCAGGUCACCGACCGCGCCCGCAGCUCGACGUCACCUCCACAGAACGGGAAAUCAAGCCUUCGCCCAGUCGUGGGCCGUCCCCUCCACCGCCUCAGACCUACGAGCGAGGUGUGUCGUUUGACACCUUCGAUAACCCGGAUGCGGCCGACUUCUCCUUAACCCUCAACUACAAACACAAAGGCUAUCAGUCCACCCGUCGCAGUCGAACGUUCUUAUGCGGGACCGACCAGAACGAUUACUCCGACUUCGCGCUGGAAUGGCUCAUCGACGAGCUCGUCGACGACGGCGAUGAAAUCGUCUGCCUCCGUGCGGUCGAGAAGGACUCGAGCAUCGCCAGCGACGCCGCCGUGGAAGCGGGGAAAUACCGGAAGGAGGCGGAGAAGCUGUUUGAGCAGGUGAUCCAGAAGAACAGCCAGAACGAAAAGGCCAUCAGCCUGGUGCUGGAGCUGGCGGUGGGCAAGGUCCAGGAGAUCAUCCAACGCAUGAUCCGGAUCUACGAGCCGGCCGUGCUCAUCGUGGGCACCCGGGGUCGCAAUCUGGGGGGUGUGCAGGGGUUGCUGCCCGGCUCGGUCUCCAAGUACUGCCUGCAGCAGUCGCCGAUUCCCGUGAUCGUGGUCCGGCCGUCGACGAAGCGCGAGAAGAAGAAGAAGAAGCGUCUGGCCGACCCCACCCGCCGCGGGUACAACAACAUCCUGGAGAUGAGCGAGCGGCGCGGGAGCCAUAUCUUCGACCGCAGCACCAGUCGCGACAGCAGUGUGUCGAAGCUGCCCGACGAGGAGGCGGCGGUGGCGGCCGCGCUGGGGCUGCCUCAGUCGUACACGAACUCGCGCAGCUCGCUGUCGACCUCGGAGCGGAGCAGCGUCAGUCACGAUGAGUCGCUGUCGUUGAACGGGCUGGUGGAGGCUGCGACCCCGAGCCCUAGUUCGGGAAGUCUGGAGAACUCGGUGGACGGAAGUGGAUCGGACGACGAACCGACGGUGGUUCACGUGGAAGACGAGGCCGGCGGGACGCCUUCUCCGGCCCUCGAAUUGACCGAGUCUAGCGACAGUUCGGCGCCUGCUGAUACCAAGGAGGAUGAGGAGGAGGUUGACGAACCGGAGGUUGUCCCGGGCUUGCCUGACUUCAAUGUGGUUCCUCGGAUUGUUUAUGAGGAUCCGACCGGUUCGAAGCGCAGUUAG